CUCCUCCGUUUACUUUGCCUUUUGAGGGAGAUGAGAUUCAGCUCGCGAGCCCUGGGAGGACACGGGGUUGAGCGCGAGCGCUGAACGGAGUCGGACCGAACCUCCGGUCAGUGGUUCCUGCUGCGGACUUCUGCAGGAACCCGAACUUUCGGACCUUUUGCGGGACGGACCUCUGCGGCUCCGACGGAAACCAUAUGUGGUCAAAGUAUUCGCUGCUGUCACCCCGCGCGCCGACCGCCUAAAAAUAGCACCGGAGACUUCUUCUCAUCGUCUAUUUCUUUUGGAGGUUUCACAGUGCUCUUUCAGGUGUGAAUUCCAGAAUGUCGCUGUUGAGGAAGGAGAUGGAGAAGUACAGAGAUGUGGAUGAAGAUGAGCUGCUGAAGAAGCUGUCGGAGGACGAGCUGCUGCGCUUGGAGGAUGAACUCCAGGAGCUGGAUCCUGAUAACGCCCUGUUACCUGCUGGACUUCGACAGAAGGACCAGACCAAGAAAGCACCAACAGGAUCCUUUCAGAGAGACAACCUCCUGGCUCAUCUAGAAAAACAGGCCAAAGAGCAUCCAGAUAAAGAAGACCUGGUUCCCUUUACUGGUGAGAAGAGAGGGAAGGCCUUUGUGCCUAAGAAGAGAGUGGACCCCAUCAUGGAGAGUGUGACUCUGGAGCCGGAGCUGGAGGAAGCUCUGUCCAGUGCCACAGAUGCAGAGCUCUGUGAUAUUGCAGCCAUUCUGGGCAUGCACACUCUGAUGAGCAACCAGCAGUACUACGAAGCUCUGGCAAGCAGCACCAUCGUCAACAAGCAGGGCCUCAACAGUGUGAUCCAGUGCACACAGUAUAAGCCGGUCCCUGAUGAGGAGCCAAACUCCACUGACGUGGAGGAAACACUGAUGAAAAUCAAGAGGAAUGAUCCUGACCUGGUGGAGGUCAACCUCAACAACAUCAAGAAUAUUCCUGUUCCAACUCUGAAGGCUUAUGCUGAAGCUCUGAUGAAGAACUCUGUGGUUGAGAGGUUGAGCAUCGUCGGUACCAGGAGUAACGACCCAGUAGCAUUUGCCCUAGCAGAGAUGCUGAAGGUGAACACGACCCUGAAGAGUCUGAAUGUUGAGUCCAACUUCAUAACAGGAGCAGGAGUGCUGUCUCUGAUUGAGUCUCUUCAGAAGAACACCACCCUGCAGGAGCUGAAAAUCGACAAUCAGAGCCAGCCUCUGGGAAACAAGGUGGAGAUGGAGAUAGCUAGCAUGCUGGAGAAGAACACCACACUGUUGAAGUUUGGAUACCACUUCACGCAACAGGGCCCACGACUGCGCGGCUCUAACGCCAUGAUGAACAACAACGACCUGGCCCGGGUCGUCAGGUCAGAGUCAGACGGCUCCUUCACGCUCACUUUAUCCGUCCCUGAACUUGAGAGAGCCUUCGGGAAGAAGUUCAAGUCCAGGACUAAGUAAAGCCCAAAGCAGCACCGUUAAGACAGAGACGGCUUGAAGGAGGACCCAUCUUCCCAAAGUGCCGGACGAAUGUAUAAAAAGCAGGACGCCCCUGAAGUUUGACCCCAGCUUUGCACCGUCAACCCACUGGGACGGCUUCAUUCUCUUUACUUCCAGACCUGUUCUCUGUGUUUUGCUAGAUGUAGGAUGGAUUGAUCAGCUGAUUGAUCCUAUCAGUGCAUGCAUGACUCUUUUAUUUUGUGCUCCAAUGUUUUGAUGUUUUAUUCAUCAAGUUAAGACUGAAACAAAAAACGCUGUAAAUCCAAACUAUAACCAUUUUGUUUUUAGCAGCAUCUUUCUUUAAUAACAACUCUGGUUUGCAGAUUCAUUGAAAACUGUUUGAAUGCAUUUUUAGAGACUGAAAACCACUGCCAGCUGAAACCAGCUGCUGAUUCUCUCUGUAACCUUUGUGCUAUCUUAGAUGAACCCCCCUUCCAUUGAGGUGUUCCCCCUACCAUGACAAAG